AUGCGUUUUGCUUUCAUUGUCCUCUCAACAUUUGCUAUCGCACUAUCUUCAAAAUUAGAUCCAUAUUCCGAGGCGAAAAGGUUCAUUCCAAUUGCCUGGGAGCAUUUGAAAGCGAAAAACUACACAAUUAUUGAUCCGGAACUCGUUGUAAACAUCAAUGGUACAAUCUACAACAAAGAAAACUAUAUCAAAACGUUUGAGAUUCACGAGCAAUAUCCUGAUAAAGUGCCAGAACUCAAUGUGACACAUGCGAUUUUCGACGCGAAAGGAAUGCUGGUUUUUGAUAUACAGACAGAACUUGUUAUGAGAAAUACUGCUAAACCAAAUGCAAAUAUCAGAGGGGGAUAUACACUUUUCAAAUUUGAACUUGUUCAAUAG